CUAUUCUUGGUUGAAUUCAUCCGCUUGUCGAUAGUGAUGAAGAUAUAAAGACCACUGAUGGUCCCAAAUCAACCAUGGCCACAUCAUAACACAAACCGGGUAUUUGCUUUAACCCAAGCAUUUGCCCUUGUACCAUCGCGAACUAUUCCACGUCUCAUUAGAACUACAGCUUUUGCAUUUACCUGACGCCCACUAGCGACCAUGAAGGCCAUCAUUAUCGGAAGCGGUUUGGCCGGUCCAGUCCUCGCAUUGGCGCUAGAGCAACAAGGCAUUUCGUGCAAAAUCUUUGAAUUGCGUGACGAAUCAGCCUUUGAAGGAGGAUUUGUCGCCUUGGCUCCCAAUGCUCUUCGAGCCUUGUCUCGCAUUGGCGUAUAUGAUCGCAUUUCCGCCCAGGGCUGGAACUAUGAAGAAUUCCAAUUCCUGUCCUCUCGGAACCUGAGCCGAAUAGGAACCGUUCUCAAUGGAAGCCAAGACAAGUAUGGUUACAAAGCCCUCCGAAUCUCAAGAGGCAUUGUCAGACAGACCCUCCUUGCGGUACUCCAUGAGCGGAAAAUCGACAUCGAAUACAACUCCAAGUGUGUCAGCAUUCAAGAGACCCCCAGUUCCAAGGUUGUGGCCACCUUUGCCGAUGGGCGUACUGAGGAGGCCGACAUUCUGAUUGGUUGUGAUGGGAUUCAUUCCCGAGUUCGCAACUACCUCAAUCCCACAAUCGUGCCUACUUUCAGCGGACAGAUGGGCGUCGGUGGUUCACUUGCACGGUCCAAGCUGGCAUCAGCUGGAAAAGAUGUCCAUAUGCCUUGCAUGAUCUUUGGCAAGCUCAACUCGUUUGCAUUCAUGCCGUGUGACUACAAUGGUGAUCGCGUGGGCUGUUUUGCCACGCUCGAAAGUCAGGAUCGGAGCCGGGAAGAGUGGGCUGGUUUGCAAGAAGACAAGGCGGCAUUGUUGCAAUACAUGCGAUCCUACCACAACAAGGAAAAGUGGCCUCAGCUUGUCCAUGAAGCCACACAGAACGUUGAAGAGUCGACUUUGAGCCUAUGGCCUUUCUUUAAGGUUCCAGAGCUCCAAUCGUGGACCAGUGAAUCUGGGCGAGUGCUGGUCAUUGGGGAUGCCGCUCAUGCAAUGCCUCCCACGGGUGGUCAGGGCGCUGCCAUGGCCUUUGAGGAUGCCAUCACACUGGCAGACGUUCUCGGACAGAUCAACACAAAGGAGUCAUCAGACUUGAAGAGCCUGCUGGGCAAUUGGCAGGCAAUUCGACGGACCAGGGUCAAGAAAGUCCUUGCCUUCACCUCGAAAAGUGGCGAUUUACGCAAGUCCAAGCCGAGCACAUUUCAGCAGAUUCUGAAGGAAUGGGGCAUGUGGGCUUACUUCUUGUACAUUGGAAAGGAUGCAGGACUCUCGUGGAUUUAUGAGUAUGAUACCACCAAGUAGCGGACCUUGUCUGCUUGUAUGUUGUUGGAGUUAGCUGGAUUUUUAGUAUGUACAAAAAGGUCUUGGGAUUCUGAUAUUCGAUCAGCAUGAGUUCCACAGGUGCA